AUGGCGGAUUGAAUUUCCAAGAGCCUUCAUGGAAGCUGCACGAAACGCGCUUAACAGACAUUAUGCCUAUUUCAUGGCCUUAGAGCUCUGUUUUCCAGUAUUCAAGCAUAAUUUGAUUUCUGUCUGUGAUUCAGAAUUUGCUAUUUAGGGAAGAUCUUGUUGUUUAGAGAAAAAGAGGGAUAAAAAUGGGAACGGCUGUUAUGCAGGCGCAGGACUGUUUGAGUCCUUAUGAGGGUUUAAUGGGGGCUGUGUAUCGGGCUCCUGCAAAACCGAAAUCUAAGUCCCCGAGCAGGAAAAAAUCGGGGCAUGCACAGCAGGAGAAGAAACGGCCCGAGGCCGUGACGGAUUCUAGAAAAAGAUCCGUCAAGAGUCAGAAUUUUCAGAGACAGAACGGGAAAGGUAACUUGAAAGAGCAGGGUAAGAAUAAUAUGGUGAUGGGGCAAGUCACGAUCUUGAAGAGGGGACACACAGUUGAGAGUACCACUCAUGCCAUGGGCCGGCUUGGUGUUAGCCCUCCCAAAGCUGAGUUUGUAGCCCGGCCGACGAGAUCUGCAGGUUUCGAACCUGCGACCUUUGUGAAAACGUUUAAGGCAAAGCCGAAACCGGAGGAAUGGGCCGGCCCUGCGUUUGCCAAUUCUCCGUCGCCGAGUUGUGUGCCGUUGCCAAAUUUUUCUGUGAAGAAGACGGCGGCUGCAGCAGAAGAAAAGGUUUUAAUCGAAGAUGAAUUUCCGCAAAUUGAUAGCUCCGCAACGAGGGAUCUGAGGCGCUUGUUAGGCCUGGUGUAACUGAUCUCUUCGCUCUCUCUGUUUUACCGGAAAUGGUUAGGUUUUAGAUUUAUUCUCUGAAUCGAAUUUACUGCCAUGAUUGCCCCAAGUUUUAAUAGGGAUGAACAAUUUGGCUUGAAUUUGGUUAACUGACAUAAAUUUGUAGCAUAGUGAUUUCAAUCAAAUUGAGGUCUCAGUCAAGGGUUUGAAUUGGCCUGGGCGAGGCGCUCAGCCAAAUAAUUUUAUCUGUGGAAUUAAGCUUUGCAGGUGAAGAGGGUUGGUUGAGUUGAGGCCGAUUCUCUGUAGAAUAAGGGUUUAUACUCUUCUUCAAUGUAUGGAAGAUAGUUAGGUGCAGAAAGAUAGGUGGAUGAACAAAUCAAGUGUUGUUUAGUGCAAGUUGUAGGUGAAGGGAGUAACUAUCACUUGAAAUGGUAGCCGCUGUAAAUGGUGUUAUUGCAAUUUAUUUCACCAUGAAGUCGUCCAUGGAUUGGAUUGUAUUCUUCAGACUUAUAUGUAUCAAUAAAAUUGUAGUCUUUUACUUAUC